CCAUGGCACCCUGUAAUUCAGGGAAUGCAACACCAUUGACACAGAAAGAAUGGAGAGAUGGGACGCAAAGGGUGCAAACUCUCACAAGGAGAGGCCAGCAUCCAAACAUAACACGGUGGUGGAAUCGGGACAGCUUUUGUCUUCGAGAGUAGCCAUUGAAGGAAGGAACAUAAAUCUGUAUAGACUUGUGAUAGUGGCACGGUUGAUAGUUGUGGGAUUCUUCUUCCAUUUGCGCAUAACUAAGCCUGUGAAGGAUGGGUAUGGCUUAUGGAUUGCUGCUGUGGUCUGUGAAAUCUGGUUGGCUGUGUCGUGGAUUCUGGACCAGUUGCCAAAGUGGUCUCCCAUUAAUCGACUCACUUAUUUAGAUAGACUGUCGGCCAGGUUUGAAAAGGAGGGAGAAGACUAUUGUGGGCUAGCAAACGUUGAUGUUUUGGUGAGCACGGAGGACCCUGUAGCAGAGCCACCAUUGAUGACAGCAAAUGCUAUUCUAUCUGUGCUUGCCCUCGAUUAUCCUGCCUGCAAAGUUUCCUGUUACGUCUCCGAUGAUGCCUCCGCCAUGCUCACCUUCGAGUGUUUGUCUGAGACGGCAGAAUUCGCCAGACGUUGGGUUCCCUUCUGCAAGGAGUUUAACAUCGAGCCAAGAGCUCCUGAACCAUAUUUCUCUCAGAAAAUUGAUUAUCUCAGAGAUAAGGUCAAACCGGAGUUUGUGAAGAAGCGCCGUCAAAUGAAAAGAGAAUAUGAUGAAUUCAAAGUUGGAAUAAAUGCAUUGGUGAAGAAGGGAGAGAAGGCUCCAGAAGAUGGGUGGAUGAUGCAAGAUGGAAUGCCUUGGCCUGGGAACAAUCCUCACAACCAUCCUGGAAUGAUUCAAGUAUUUUUAGGCCGUACUGGAACUUUGGAUGUAAGAGGAAAUGAACUUCCACUCCUUGUUUACAUGUCUCGUGAGAAAAAACCAGGAUUCCAUCACCAUAACAAGCCUGGGGCCAUGAAUGCUCUGGUUCGAGUGUCUGGAGUAUUGACCAAUUCUCCAUACAUAAUGAAUAUGGAGUGUACCCAUUACAUAAACAAUAGCAAAGUUGUUCGGGAGGCAAUGUGCUUCAUGAUGGACUCUCUAAUUGGUCGAAAUGUCUCUUAUGUUCAGUUCCCUCUUAGAUUCCACGCCCUUCAACAAGGAAACAAAUAUUCUAGUCAUAAUAGUGUUUUUUACGAUAUAACCAUGAAAGGGUUAGACGGUAUUCAAGGACCAAUAUGCUUAGGUGCUGCAUGUGUUAUCAAGAGACAAGCUCUUUAUGGCUAUGUCCCGCCUCCACUUGUUCACAAUCGCUCUCAAUCUUUGUGGUCUUAUCUUCUGGACAUUUUUUCAAUGAACAAAGAUAAACAACAACAAUAUAUUACAACCCCUGAAAUAUUGAGAGCCCAAGUUGAUCUUAAAAAAUUUCUUGUGGCAGAUUCUUAUCAGUAUGAUUACGAUACAAAGGAGUCAUUAAAUCCCCUACAAAGCUUGGAAGAAUGUCUAGGGCAAUCCCCUGUCUACAUUGCUACAACCUUGAUGGAAGAGGGUGGGAUUCCAGAAAUUAUAGAUCCAUCCUCACUAAUCAAAGAAGCCAUUCAUGUCAUCAACUGUACAUAUGAGGAGAAAACCAAGUGGGGAAAAGAGAUCGGUUGGAUAUAUGGCUCUCUCACAUACAAUGUUCUCACAGGAAUGAAGAUACAUGCACGUGGAUGGCAAUCUGUAUAUUGUGUUCCUUUUAGGCCUGCAUUCAAAGUAAAUGGAACCAUGAAUUUAGCAGAUUGCCUAAGAGAACUACUCCAUUGGGCUUUGGGCUCCAUGGAAAUUCUUCUGAGCAAACACUGCCCACUAUGGUACAGAUGGAGAUCCGGGCAACUGGACUGGCUUCAAAGAAUUGCAUACAUUAACAUAGUAGUUUACCCACUUGCCUCUGUUCCUCUGAUUGCGUACUGCUUUCUUCCUGCAGUUUGUCUACUCACAGGAAAAUUCAUAAUUCCCCCGCUAGACAACAUAGGAAUCAUGUGGGUUACUGGCCUUCUUGCCUCUGUGAUGGCUUGUGUAAUUCUAGAAAUGAAAUGGAGUCACGUAGAGAUUGAAGAAUGGUGGAGGAACCAGCAAUUUUGGGUGAUUGGAGGCACUUCUUCUCAUUUUUUUGCAAUAUUGCAAGGCCUGCUCAAGGUAUUGACAGGCAUUGAAACUACUGCCUUUGAUUCUUCUCAUGCAAAGCCUACUUGUGAAACACAGGAUGAGGCUGAUGAUUUAUUAAUGUACAGAUUCAAAUGGACCAAUCUACUUAUAAUUCCCACCACAUUGGUGAUAGUGAACAUUUUAGCAGUUGUAGCAGGAAUUUCAGCCACAUUUAACAGUGGAUAUGAAGCAUGGGAAUCCUUGUCUAAAAAGCUAUGCUUUGCCAUCUGGGUAUUGGUGCACUUAUACCCAUUUCUUAGAGGUCUUUUAGGAAGACAGAAUCGAACUCCUACUAUAGUUAUAAUUUGGUCUACUCUAUUGGCAUCUAUUUUCUCCCUUUUAUGGAUCAGAGCUGAUCCAUUUAUAGAGGAAAAUAAGGUGGCUGAUGUCCAACAUUGUACAUUUGAUUGUUCUUGAGUGUUACACUCCUCUUUUAUAAAAUAUAGUAGUAGUUAUUGAAAUCAUAAUUAAUGUUUAUA